GCGUUGCCAGGUGCCACGAAAGUGGGGCCGACGAAAAAAAGCAACAGAAAAGCGAAAUGAAAUGAAGGAACAACAAUAAAAGAAACUCUACUUUGUAGUAUUAUUAACCAAAAAGCGCGGCGCGCUCACAAUGUUGGUGACUGCGAACGGCGGCGGUUGUCUUUUUAGCGAGUGAGCGGAGCGGUUGUUUACAUUCUGACAGAAAGACCACAACAAAUAGUCUUGAAUAACAACAACAAUGGAACAUGCAAAUAAAAUGCACGUAAAGCGGCACAAAUAAAUGAUUUAAAAUUAACAUCCGAUACGAUGACCAUUUAAAAAGGAGAAAGAACGAAAGAAUUCAAAAAGCGCAAAAGAGAGGCAAAGAAAGUAAAAAAAUCAGGCCAAACCGAUUUGUUUUGUUUUUUUUUUGUUGUGUGCCUUGAGUGGGUUUUCUUUUUUUGUGCACAAGAAUAACAAAUGAAACACAUCACUUAAAAUGGAAUUUCUGGAGAACCUGUACAAAACGCUGCAGAGCCUACUGUCCUCCUACAUCGAUCUGGAUUAUUCGCUAUGGCUAUACCGUUUCUUGACCCCGCUAAUUGUCACCUUUCUGCUGCCUUUGGUCUUCGUGGCCCUCAUCUACAUUUCAUUUCUGGUGCUUUUUAUCUACAAGUUGCACAGGCAGGUGAUAAUGCGAGCAGUGCAAGGGGAUCGCAACUUCUGGCGGGUUGGCCGGAAGAUUGUGGCGGCCAUUUGGGAUGCCCACGCCCGGAUUUACCAUGGCUACGAGGUGAUCGGGCUGGAGAAUGUGCCGCAGGAGGGUCCAGCGCUGAUUGUCUACUACCACGGAGCAAUACCCAUCGACAUGUACUAUCUGAACUCGAGAAUGUUGUUGCAGCGCGAGCGUUUGAUAUACACGAUCGGGGAUCGCUUCCUUUUCAAGUUGCCCGGCUGGGGCACAAUUUCGGAGGCAUUCCACGUCAGUCCCGGCACCGUGCAAUCGUGCGUGAGCAUCCUGCGGGAUGGGAAUCUACUGGCCAUUUCCCCAGGCGGCGUCUACGAGGCGCAGUUCGGGGACCACUACUAUGAGCUGCUGUGGCGGAAUCGGGUCGGAUUCGCCAAGGUGGCCAUCGAGGCGAAGGCCCCGAUCAUUCCGUGCUUCACGCAGAAUCUGCGGGAGGGCUUCCGCCAGGUGGGCAUCUUCCGCACCUUCUUCAUGCGGCUGUACAACAAGGUGCGCAUUCCAGUGUACCCCAUCUAUGGCGGAUUCCCCGUCAAGUUCCGCACGUACCUGGGCAAGCCCAUUCCGUAUGACGAGAACCUAACGCCGCAGGAUUUGCAGAUCAAGGUAGCCACAGCUAUAGAGGAUCUGAUCAACCAGCACCAGCGUUUGCCUGGGAGCAUUUUGCUAGCCCUGCUGGAUCGCCUUCCGUCCUUCAGGAGACGCAUCAAGAAGAAGGAUGAGUGAUCCGGAUCGAGAGCCUCACGAGUUAAUCCCAUUUCCGUAUAGAGUAUAGAGAGAUUAACAGAUUGACUUUGGUUCUGGCCAUAUAAAGACUUUGUUCCAUGUACUUCAUGAUGUAUAGGCAGCGCCAUAUAUAUCUCAGUAGAUCAUACUUACAUAUAUCUUAAAUAAUCUUUGUAAAUGUCGCCCAGCCCCAAUGGCUUCCCUUUUUUUUUGUUUUGUUUGUUAGUCACUUCUCCAGUUCAUUGAAAUCCGGACGCGUACUUGCUUAAGUAAUACACACGUAGAUCGUAUAAACGUUUUAAUUAGCCCUAAAGUAAGACUAACCAGCCCCCCCUUGAGUCAAACACCGAACAAAGAAAACCUCUACCUUAAUUUUGUAUAUCGGUUUUCAACAAAGAGAAAUACCUUAACCAUUUUUGAUUUCGUUUUCUUUCUUUUUAGUGUAAUUUUAGACACAUUAAACAAUUAUCUAAUUAGUUUUGCAUUAAGUAUAUCAUGCAUAUAUCAUUUUUGUACCUUUUUUAUGCAAAAAAAAAACAAAAAGCUAACAAAGAAAAGACGAAAGAGUGAGUGUAUGCAGGUCUGUAAGUGAGUGCGAUUGUGUGUACUAUAUAGUUAAGGAAAUCGUGUAUAAUAUAGCUGUAAUAUCGGAGUAUUCCAAGUGACAGGAAUUUCCAAAAGGAAGAUGAAAUAAAACUAAAAAA